ACCCGCGCGCUGGAGUCAGAAGGAGAUAAUCGUUCACUUCAAAACGAUAACGUCGCUGCGAAUUUCAAUCCAUAAAUUUUUCUUUAAUCCUGGGGUACAUCGCAGGAAAAAGAGCGUAUUUUAAGUCUAAAUAAAACUGAGUUUGUUUAUUGACUUUAAGAGAGUUUGGUAACAUUAAUAUGGCUACUGCGACGACUGAAAAUAUGUCGAAUCAGACAAAUAUAAGAGAUGGUGGAGAUGGGUGGAAAACUAAACUAAACUUGCCAGCUAAAGAUAGACGGGUGAAAACUACAGAUGUGACAUCAACAAAAGGAAAUGAUUUUGAAGAUUACUGCUUAAAACGUGAAUUAUUAAUGGGUAUAUUUGAGAAAGGUUUUGAGAAACCUUCACCUAUACAAGAAGAAAGUAUUCCUAUUGCUCUGGCAGGUAGAGAUGUUUUAGCACGUGCCAAAAAUGGAACAGGAAAAACAGCUGCAUACUUGAUUCCAGUACUUGAAAAAGUUGAUGUUGGUAAAAAUGUCAUUCAAGCAUUGAUUUUGGUGCCAACACGUGAACUUGCUUUACAAACAUCACAGAUUUGUAAAGAACUUGGCAAACAUUUAACUGGUUUACAGGUGAUGGUAACAACUGGUGGGACUAGUUUAAAAGAUGAUAUUAUGAGGCUUUACAAUCCUGUGCAUGUGAUAAUUGCAACACCUGGAAGAAUAUGUGAUUUAAUCAAAAAGGAGUUGGCUAAAACUAAAGAUUGCCAAAUGAUUGUCAUGGAUGAGGCAGAUAAACUUUUGUCUAUGGAUUUCAAAGGAGUUUUGGAACAAAUAUUUGAGCACAUGCCAUCAUCUAAACAGAUUUUAUUGUUUUCUGCCACCUUCCCUGUCACAGUCAAAGAAUUUAAGGAAAAGUAUCUUGAGAAACCGUAUGAAAUAAAUUUAAUGGAUGAGCUAACCUUAAAGGGUAUCACACAGUAUUAUGCAUUUGUUGAGGAAAAACAAAAAGUUCACUGCUUGAACACUUUAUUUUCAAAGUUACAAAUCAAUCAAUCCAUAAUUUUCUGCAAUUCCGUUCAAAGAGUAGAGUUAUUAGCAAGACGCAUUACAGAUCUUGGAUAUUCAUGUUUUUAUAUUCAUUCCAAAAUGCCUCAACCUCAUCGCAACCGCGUAUUUCAUGACUUUCGUAAAGGAGAAUGUCGAAAUUUGGUUUGCUCAGAUUUGUUCACUCGUGGCAUUGAUAUUCAAUCAGUGAAUGUCGUCAUCAACUUUGAUUUCCCCAAGCUUUCAGAAACAUAUCUUCAUCGUAUUGGUCGUUCCGGUCGUUAUGGUCAUCUUGGUUUGGCAGUUAAUCUUAUAACAUAUGAAGAUCGGUUUGAUCUCUUUAGAAUUGAACAACAACUUAAUACCGACAUUAAAGCCAUUCCAUCAACUAUUGACAAGAGUUUAUACGUCGCUGAGUAUCAACAAGUCCAAGAUGAAAACUAACAUGGUUUUAUUUGUGUUCAAUUCUUAUACAUAGAAUGAUUAUAUUGUACAUAUGAGAUGAAAUGGCUGACUCGAGGUUGGUGUGUUUUUUCUCUUGUUUUUGAGGAAUCAUUGAAUUAUGUCACACUUUCUUCACUUCAAUUUAACAAGGUUACGUUUGCAUAAAUCGACAUAUUGUACAGUUUAUAAAUUUGAUGAGGCCAUUGUGUAAAUUAUUGUACAUUAAUCCUCCAUUCUCAUAAGUUGAUGUGUGAGGUGGGGAAAAUCCAUUUCAAAAGCUUACGAGUUUGUUGUGUUUACGUGGUGUGAUGAAUUUGUAAAAGUCUAAGACUUGGAUGAUCUAUUUUAAUUUUGAAAACCAAAACUUUAAAACAACUUUCGGUGUGGUUUAAAAAUAAAUUUUGUUCAUUGUGUAAACUUACUGUUGGUUUUUUCGACCAUGUAAAACCAACAGAAACUGCACUGUCUGCACUUACAUUUUGAAAUCGUAGGAAGUGCGUUAUUUGUAAAUAGUUGUAAAUAAGCAGAGCUCUAUUUUCUAAAUAGAAAACCAUAUAAGACCCCGAUUUUUCAUUACUGUGAACACGAUCUUUGGUUGAAAAAGAAGAAACGAAAGCGUUUUUUUUCACAGAUUUAUGAAGUCAAAUAUGAAGAAUAAGUUUUUUUCGUUACAUUUUAAAUCACGUGAGAAAUGUUCACUUAAAUGAAAAGUGGUGUCCACCACAUAACGUCGUUAUUAUCUGAUACAAAAAUGAUCAGAUUUUAAAUAAAAUGUCUUCACUGGUUGUGAUAUUGCACUGUGAAAACAUUUUAUUUUUCCAAGUAAACAUUCUCGUUAAACAAAUUGUGCUACUUAUUUGUCUAUAUUAAAAACCUUAGACAAUCGUAGCAAGGAGUAGCUGUUAUAUUGCUACCAUUUUCAAUAAAAUUAAAGUAAAUCUAAGAUUCUUGAAACUACAAUGACUGCACAUUUAAGGGCAGUCAUUAAAAUGAAUAACAUCAUAAGCAUAAGAAUUCCAUCAGUCGCUAGUGUUUCAUGAAUUAAAGAACAGUCAAUGUUUUUAAGCGACUUGGAAUUUUCAAAACGCAUGUCGUAAUAAGCGAUAUCGUUCCUCGCGGUUAAAAAUUUUCGUGAUUGGGGAUUAAAUGUUUUGCAUUAGCAACUAUGAGCGAUGCAAGACAUGCUAGUCUCUGCGUUUCGUAUCACAUAAAAAUAAUGAUGCAGUUAAACUUCUGUAUGGAAGAGAACCUCAUCGUUAUCUUUAUAAGAGGAUAAAACCUCAACAUUAUCAAUCAACGAUCCAAACUGUUGCAUUAAUCUUGUUAAUGUUGUCUUUUCACUUCGUACUUAAGGUUCUAUGGUUCGUUUAAUCUUUUCGCCGCUUAUCUUUAAAUAUCCAGAUUGUUGCAACAAGUUUGGAUUGACUGUAGGUCCUUUAAUCAACCAUAAUCAAUUUGAACUACCCUUACCUACAGUCAAGAAAGUUAAAUUGCAGUUAUAAUUUAGCCAAUUUGUUGCAGUUUUUCUGCAAAAGUUCGCUAAAUGAUUAUAAUUGUUUGAGUUGCAAAUUAUUUGUGUGUUGAAAUGUAUUUUAACGUAAAUUUGUGCAUUCAUUGCUUGCUAAUGUUGUCUUUUUACAUUUACGUCAAUUUUGUUUAAAACAUGGAUGUUGUCAUUUUUUUGAAAUGUUUAAUUUAUAUUUACAUUAUUGUUGUUUUUCUCAGUUACAUACAGGGUGUAUGAAAAAGGAAACCUUUAGAAAUAUGUUUGUCGUUAAAGUUUUAAUUCUUAAUCACUAUGCUAACCGAAAAGAUACAUAAAAUAUUAUCAGCUAUGUUCAUGUAUUAUAUCAAUAUUUUUCACAAGCACGAAGGUUUUGUUAACGUAUCAUGAAAUAUAACAUAACGUAACUAAGUGUGAAAGGUUCUCCUUAUUUUGUAUGCCUUGUUGUUCUCUCGUGAGUAAACCGAAAAUUUUUAUUCUUCAAACAUAUUUACAAAGGCAACAUUAAAUGCAGUGAACUCUUCUAUUUAUGUCAUGUUAUUAUGUAGAAUUUUUUUAGUAAAUUUUGUCAACAUUGAACAACUAUAGUCGUGAUUGCUCUCUGUUGAUUUUUACUAAUAUUUACUUAGUUGUAACUUUAUGUGCGAUUUAAUGAAUAAAAAUUGUUGUGUCAUUGUA